AUGAUCGGCGACAUAGAUGGCAUAAAGCCAAGUGGCGACUUUGAUGAUACCCAGAAGCUCAAGGAAAGGCGAGCUCCAUGGGAAUUCAGGAUUAUCGCCAUGUUCUUGCAUGGGAAUCUGAGCGAUGUCACGCCGACGCGGUUAAACAUCCAGAAGACCACGAGCGAGCUGCGGCCGUAG